CUGGUGAGGCGAUGGCGGCGCCGGGCCCGGGGGCUGGGGCAGCCUCGGGCGGCGCUGGCUGCGGUGGCGCGGGCGCCGGCUCGGGGUCCUCCGGGGCGGGCGGCCGACUGCCCAGCCGGGUGCUGGAGUUGGUGUUCUCUUACCUGGAGCUGUCCGAGCUGCGGAGCUGCGCCCUGGUGUGCAAGCAUUGGUACCGCUGCCUUCACGGCGACGAGAACAGCGAGGUGUGGCGGAGCCUGUGCGCCCGCAGCCUGGCAGAAGAGGCUCUGCGCACGGACAUCCUCUGCAACCUGCCCAGCUACAAGGCCAAGGUACGUGCUUUCCAGCAUGCCUUCAGCACAAACGACUGCUCCAGGAACGUCUAUAUCAAGAAGAACGGCUUUACGUUGCACCGGAACCCCAUCGCUCAGAGCACCGAUGGUGCAAGGACCAAGAUUGGCUUCAGUGAGGGCCGCCACGCCUGGGAGGUGUGGUGGGAGGGCCCGUUGGGCACUGUGGCCGUCAUAGGAAUUGCUACGAAGCGGGCCCCUAUGCAGUGCCAAGGCUACGUGGCAUUGCUGGGGAGUGACGACCAGAGCUGGGGCUGGAAUCUGGUGGACAAUAAUCUACUACAUAACGGGGAAGUCAACGGCAGUUUUCCACAGUGCAACAAUGCACCAAAGUAUCAGAUAGGAGAGAGAAUCCGGGUCAUCUUGGACAUGGAAGAUAAGACUUUAGCUUUUGAGCGUGGGUAUGAGUUCCUGGGAGUUGCCUUUCGAGGACUUCCGAAGGCCUGCUUAUACCCAGCAGUGUCUGCUGUAUAUGGCAACACAGAAGUGACUUUGGUUUACCUUGGGAAACCUUUGGAUGGAUGACAGUGGCUUUCUGGGAAGAAGGACAGUGGAGAAGAGAUCUACUUGUGGGAAGUAGAACCAUGAAGUGAUAGUGUCAUGUGUGCAUGCCCAAGAAACAUCCUGAAAACACAUGAAGUCGAGAACCAGAGAAGCAGCUGUACAACAGAGAUGAUCUUAGUGUUUCCUCUUUCCACUGGGCCAGAAAAAUCCUCAGGGUUGCAGUUGGUUGAGUGGGCAGUUGACAUAUGCAUGUUGCCACAGACUCUUCUCUAAGUUAGCAGUGAGUUACUUCCAGCUUAAAGGUGAGGUUCAGAGAUGCUGUAAAAGGGAACCGCAGGAUUGUAUGUAGUUUUACAAAGAAGGUUCAAUCCCAUCUUACAACUGCCUGUUCUUCCUCCAGUCCCUUUACUUCUAGCCAGCUUGACUUAGAAAGUAUGAAACUGGCUGGGUUUUAUUUAAUAUUUUUAAUAUAUUGAGAAGCAUGGUCUGCCUGGACUGCACUUCUCUAGCAAUGAGAAAUAAAAUUGUGCAGCUAUUUUAAAAGUUGUAUAUAUAAUGUGUGUAAAAACUGUUAAAAAAAAGGACAAAGGGAUUGCUUUGUUCUAAUUCAGUUUCUUAAAUAUCACUACAUGGUACAAAAUUAGAGUGACAUUUGGGGACAGUGGGGUAAUACAAACAAGGAGAGGAGACAUGUUGUACCAGCUCAUUUGUGUUUUGGGCUUAUAGUCCAUGGCUGUAACAGAAUUAUGGUUAAGGUUCCUCAGUUGGCUAAAGACUGGGGAAAUAGAUCUACUUAUAAUUAUGCAUAUGCCAGCAAGGGCUGUUGCAGACGUAAUAGGAAUGUGCGUCUCUUGGCAUCUGGCUUUAGUUUUUGGUCUUCUGAGAAAACUGGUCUCCACACAGAACAGUCCCAGCUGCUCUUACAGUACUCAGUAUGAGCACUGUUAAUAUAAACCCCAGGAGAACACAUGGUCAACGGUUCUUUUAUUUCCUAACUUUAUAAUGCUGUAGAUGUUAUGAAGAAUUUUUAAUUUCAUAUUGUUUACAUUAUACAACAAUUGGAGCCUCAAAGUCUCCACUGGGGCUGUCAACAAAAUGUUUACUCACCCGUCUGAAACAGUGCCAUCCCGAACUCUGGUUAAGAGUGUUCUUAAUCACCUAGGUAUUGCCCCAUGGGACUGAACGCUGAAAACCUAGGUUGGCAACAAUUAGAAAGUUUCAUUGGGAAGAGUUGAACAUUAUUUCCUAUUUUGACCCAUAAACCUUCUCACUAAUACUCUGGAAUUAAUAAUUCAACACACAUGAGCUGAGGGUUUUGUUUUUUUCUGUUACAACAGAAACAUCUUUCUGUAUGAAAGUAUAAUUAAUAUGACUCAGAUACAUAAGAAUUGAUGAAGGCAAGUAAAAUCUUUGUACUUUUUACAUGACUGCUGUAUGUAUAUUUUGUUUUAAAUCUAAUAAAAUUAGGGACAGCGAGCA